AUGUCUACUACCGGCCCCCCAAAAGAUGCCUCUGUGCCGACCCUGAAAGAUCUCACGAUUGACAAUAUCACGGAAAACGUAGUCCGCAUCAACUCACAAUGCGCCGAUCCGAGACUGAAGUACGUGAUGGAGCGCCUGGUCUCGCAUCUCCACGACUUUGCGCGCGAGACACGCUUGAGCUUCGAUGAGUGGAUGGCAGGGAUCCAGUUCCUCACGCAAGUGGGACAGAUAUGUUCAGACGUACGACAGGAAUUCAUCCUCCUCUCCGACAUUGUCGGCCUCUCCCUCCUCGUCGACUCCAUCGACCACCCCAAGCCAGCGCACUCGACAGAAGGAACCGUGCUGGGCCCCUUCCACACCCACGACGCCCCAGCCGACCAGAACGGCUUCUCCAUCUCGGCGGACCCCAACGGCGAACCGCUGCUCGUGCUGUGCACAGUCAAGUCCACGAGCGGCGAGCCCAUCGAAGGCGUCAAGGUAGACAUCUGGGAGACGGACAGCAACGGCAAGUACGACGUGCAGUACGACGACCGCGGGAGCAAGGCGGACGGCAGAGCAGUCAUACACAGCGACAAGGACGGCGUCUUCUGGUUCCACGCCAUCGUGCCUGUGCCCUAUCCCAUCCCGCACGAUGGGCCCGUGGGGCGGCUGCUGCAGAAGCUCGGCCGGCACUGCUGGAGGCCGAGCCAUAUGCAUUUCAUGUUUGACAAGCACGGUUUCGACCACCUGGUGACCGCCCUGUACCUGCGCGGAUCCGACUACGAGACCUCGGACGCCGUGUUCGGAGUCAAGGAGUCGCUCAUCGUAGGCCUCGACACGGUGACGCCGGAGCAGGCAAAGGAGUACAAGGUGAGCGAGGGCACGAAGCUGCUCACAUACGACUUUGUGCUCGUCACAGACGAAGAGACGAAGAAGCUGAGGCACGACGAGGCCGUGAGGGCUAUGAAGUCUCUUGGCCGAGAGGAGGGCAUGACCAUCAUCAACGGCGUACCCGUUCCCGACGUAGACUAG